GCCACAUCCAGUCCUUUUGUUACUCUGAUUUUUGUUUUGAGCAUGAGCGGACGUGUGGUUCGUGUUGGCUCCCGCAAGAGCGAGCUCGCACUCAUCCAGACCAACUCUGUCAUUGCGCGUCUGAAGGCCAUCUACUCUGACUGCACAUUUGAACUGACUACAAUGAGCACAACAGGCGACAACGUCCUUGAUCGCGCACUCUCCAAGAUUGGCGAGAAGAGCCUCUUCACCAAGGAGCUCGAAGUCGCUCUUGCUCAGAACGAGGUUGACCUGGUCGUGCAUUCGCUGAAAGACUUGCCCACAACACUCCCGCCAGGCAUGACGAUCGGUGCCAUUUGCAAGCGCGAUAGCCCAUACGAUGCUGUCAUCCUUCGAGCAAAGUUUGCAGGACUGACGCUGGCUACCCUUCCAGAGGGCUCAGUCAUUGGAACCAGCUCGUUGCGACGAAUUGCGCAGCUUCGGCGUGCAUUCCCCCAUCUCGUCUUCCGCGAUGUGCGUGGCAAUCUCAACACGCGCCUUCGCAAGCUGGAUGACGCCGAGACUUAUGCUGGUCUCAUUCUCGCCGAGGCUGGGCUCGAUCGUAUGGGCUGGCAAGGUCGUGUGAGCGAGAUUCUCAAGCCGGAAGUCACCUUGUACGCGGUUGGUCAAGGUGCGCUGGCCAUCGAGUGCCGUGAGAAUGACACUGCCACUCUCGAGCUGCUGAAGCCUUUGCAAGAUAACGACACGACGCUCCGAUGCACGGCGGAGCGAGCCUUCAUGCGCAGCUUGGAAGGCGGCUGCUCAGUCCCGCUCGGUGUCCACACCGAGUUUGACGCUUCCUCCGGUCAACUGCGCCUUCGGGGUGGAGUUUUCAGCCUGGACGGCACUGAUUCACGCUUUGCUGAGCGCACCAUCACCGCAACCGACGCAGCCACAGCCAGUGGCCUCGGACAGGCGCUUGCCACCGAAAUGAUUGCCGCUGGUGCUGCCGAGAUUUUGAAACAAGCUCGCGAGACCACGCAUGCUGCAGCAGCAGCUUCCAUUGAUGCCGCUCAAAAGUCGUAGCUUGGAUGUUGCAAGUUGUGCAAGCUGUGCCGGCACCCUUCCUGGUGGAUUGAUUCAUGAAUAGAUACCGAUUGUGUGUGUUUUCCAAGUUGGCUCAAAAUCUCAUCUCAGGCCCUCUCCC